AAGAAAUUUCCCGCCUCAGUGCAAUCCGUCUUUUCUUUUUCUUUCAUGUCGUAUCCACCACAACCACCGCAGCAAGCGAUUUACGCACCUCCACCUGAUACCUUGUACGGAGAACAACCUACACAAGCGUACUACCCACCACAGCCACCUCCAAGGGUAGGACAUACUCAGGCCCAAGAAAAAGAAGAUUCAGGAUGCUGUUGUACAUGCUUAUCGAGUUUGUUUUGCUGCUGUUUAUUGGAAGAGCUUUUGUAGACUUUUUUAAAUUUUCAGUGUGACUUGACAUGUGACACAAGAAAUUAAAAAAUAGAAAUAACAAAAAAUAAAAGUGUUUCUUUUUCUUUUCUUUCCAUUUGAUAA